ACGAUAAGUAAAUGCUAUAUGUUCAUUACUUUUAGGAUAGGUUAGGUUAUCUAAAGGGGUAUAUAUAUACCUACAGUUUUAGUAACCUGUCUCUUGUCUUCUAUAGAACUCUGCAGUCAUGAAAGUCUUUGUAGUCGCCCUUCUGCUUGUUCCCCUGGCACAUUGUCUUUUCCUGGACCAGUUUGCAUCCUUCUUUGAUGUCUCCGAGCUGAAGGCCGUUGUCCAGAAGAUCGCUGACAGCAUCGGAUCUGAUGCCACCGAGGCUGCUUGUGAGACCGAGUGCGCCACCGUCCUGCACAACAACGCCCUCCUCUCUAGCGGCUGCGACCUCGUCUGCAAAUCAUUCCAGAGCCUUGUGACCCGCUUCCACAUCGCCUAGACUUUGGCACUGGUUCCAACAAAUAAAACUGAACAUAAUUGUU